AUGGUUCAACAUGCUCCCAAAUCCAUUACAAAGAAGCAAAGUCUAGUGACCAUCCCAAACUCUAUGCAAGUGGCAGUUGCUAAAGAAGGAAACCUUUACAAGGAAAAUACAGCAUCUCAAGCUACUGGGGUGCAUACAAGGAGAACUGCAUCUAAACCCCAAGUGUUUGAUGGAGCCAUUUCAACAAGCUUAAAAGAUGAAAAGUUACAGAAGAAGGUUGGGGCUAGAGACUGCUAUUUGCAAUGUUUCUGGCAAAUUUGGGCCUUUGUUGAUGAAGAAUAUGAAGUAACAGUCUUGAUGGACACUGUCCAGCAGCUUACACUGAAGUUAUUCAACUGUGAUAUAGAUAUGGAGAUGGUUGUCACCUUGGUUUAUGCUAAGUGUGAUAGGAUUGAAAGAAUUGAACUCUGGGAUUCUCUGUAUAAUCUUGCUUCUGAUAUGACAAUUCCAUGGUUAGUUGGGGGUGACUUUAAUGUCAUCACUGAUGAGGAGGAGAAGUAUGGUGUCCUACCUGUAUCUCUGAAUGAAGUUGAAGAUUUCAGGCAUUGUAUUCAAACAUGUAAUCUUACUGAUUUGGGGUUUAAGGGAAGUGUUUUUACAUGGUGGAAUGGGAGAGCGGCAGAUGAUGGUGUAUUCAAGAGGCUGGAUAAGUGUUUGGGUAACUUUGAAUUCCAGCAGUUGUUUCCAGGCUUGGAAAUCACUCAUUUGAUCAAGUUUGGCUCGAUCACUCUCCUUCGCUUGAAUGCAAACAAGAGUAUGAAGCUGAAGAAAAUGAAACAUACCUUAUCCCAAUGGAGCAAGUCCACUUAUGGUGAUAUCUUUCAGCAGAUCACUAACCUUCAGGAAGUUAUUAAAGCUCAUGAAGCACUUUUUGAGUCAAAUCCCUCUUAUGCCAACAAGGAGAAACUCAUGAACGUACAAGCUGAACUUACUAGAGUAUUGUAUUUGGAGGAGGAAUUUUGGAAGCAAAAAGCUGGAAUGUCUUGGUUUCAAGAUGGUGACAAGAAUUCCAAAUUCUUCCAUGCUCAUGUGAAGGGCGGAAGAAAAAUCUUUGAGUUGAAAAGAAUACGAAAUUCUCAAGGGCAAUGGCUUGGCAAUGAGAAGGAGGUUGCAAAGGAGGCUGUUGGAUUUUUUCAAGCACAAUUUCAUGAAACUGUGGUUCCUACACAGUUUGAUAUCUUGAAACAUGUUCCUUCCAUGAUUAGUAAUGAGCAGAAUGAAGAACUGGUUGCAGUUCCUACUAAGGAAGAGGUGAAACAGGCUGUUUUUGGUUUAAAUAGUGCAAGUGCGAGUGGUCCCGAUGGUUUUACGGAGCCUCGUUUUUCCAAACAUGCUGGGAUGUUGUUGGUGAUGAUAUUUUCAACAUGGUUUGGGACUUCUUUAGAGGUUUUGAAUUGCCAAGGAUUUGUAAGGGGUAGAAGCAUUGUGGAGAACAUCUUAUUGACUCAGGAAAUAAUCACUGAUAUCAGACUCAGAACAAAUAAAGGCAAGAAGAAUGCCAAUGCUAUUGUUCCUAAUUUUGUGAUGAAAUUAGACAUGACAAAGCCACAUGGAUUCUUUCACUCUACUAGGGGUGUCAAGCAAGGUGAUCCAUUGUCACCUACAUUGUUUAUUCUUGCUGCAGAGGUGCUGUCGAGGGGCUUAUAUGCAUUGUAUAACAAUUUGUGGUUUACUGGAUUUGGCCUGCCAAAGUGGAGUCCAAAAAUUAAUCACUUAGCUUAUGCAGAUGAUACCAUCAUAUUUCCUUCAGCUUGUGAGAUAUCCCUGGUUUGA